AUUGAAUAAACACAAUUUCGCCUAAAACUCCGUUCAUCUCUCUGCAAUCAGAUCCAAGUUCAGUUUUUAAAAAAAUCAAGUCCCGAGUCGAAAACUGGAUUCGAUUAGGUCAGAUUUUGGGCAGUGCAUAAAGUUUCCAUUUAAGAACCCGAAGCCGGUGGGGCUGCGAUGGCAGAAAAGAGACCCACGGAUGAGAUGGCCGUUCGAUGAUCAGGAAGCUUGUUCUUUACAGCUUCACACAAGUCAAAAUCGACUAUUUUAAUGGACGGAAGCGUGUCGAUUGACUCCAUUCCCCGCGAAAAACGGGAGCCCCGUUAAUUUCCGGGGAGGACGUGGAGUCGGGCUUCAGAAAUGGCCCCCUCGACCGUCUUCCCUCUCAAGCUCCCGCUCUACUGCAUCGAUUCAGCCCUCGAGGUACUCGCCAAAGGCAGGAUAUGCAGGAUCUUCCACCAUGUCCAGUACGCAAUUGCUCUCUUCCUCUACGCUCUCUUCUCCGCCCUCCGCCUCCUCCUCCUCCGCUUUCCGGCCGGUUCCCGCCGGAUUCCCAACCCGGAGCCCGCUGGGAGUAACAGCCCCGCGGUCCUCGACUCCGGAAUAGGCCGGGCCCUCACGCAGAUCCUCUCUCUAACGAGCGAGAUCCCCGUGGGCUCACGGAAGUACGACGUCGUCCGCGACCUCGCCGAUCGAAUCAUCGACGAGAACGCCCGCGAUGGGAGCGCGGUGUUGGCAGAGAUCAACCGCGCGGUGGUGUCCUCUGCUUUCGGCAGGACCCUCGACUUUCUGGAGGUGGCGAUGGAGGAGCGCUCGUCGUCGGAGGGCGAGUUCCCAUCUUCGGAGAAGGUCGAGGGCUCGCAGGUCAUCGGGCUUUUGCGAGUCGUGGAGGCGGCUAGGCGCCGCCUAGGGUUUUCCGGGCGCAGGGACAGCAGGUUGUCUGCGGAGAAGCUGGCUCUGGAGCUGCUCUGGCUUGCGCAGAAGCUGGACGUCUGUGGAGCCGUUGGUGAAGCCAUCCGACGUCUGGGAUCGGCUUCUCGUGUGGCUCGACUCGCUGUCUCGGCUGACCCUCGGCUCCAGACUUGCAUCGUCAAACUCUCAGUUUUCAUAUUGAAGAAGAUUAAGGAAGUUGAAGAAGAUGGAGAUAACAAGAUCGAACGGUCAGAAGUACUCCAAUUUCUGCUAUGUUGGAUGCCAUUGCUUUGUCAUGCUAGCAAUGGCGCGGAUGCACCAGUUUUAUCAUCCGUUGAGAGAGUACAUAUGGAAGGUGUGAUAGAGGAGACAAUUAACAGACUGGCUUUGGAAGAUCAGGAGAAGGUGUUAAGGAUUUGGCUUAAGCAGUACUCAAGCUCUACUUCCGACUGGCCGAACUUGCAACAAUGCUAUAACAGGUGGUACUCUGCAUCCAGAAAACUUGUUGGUUGACAAACAGAGAAAGACUGGAAUCAACAAAUGUCAGCAAAUAUCUAUCUCUGUAAAGGAUUCUGUGGACGAAUAUCUAUUUCUGUAAAGGAUUAGGUCAUCCACAUUAUAGAAUGCAUUAUUCAUGACAGAUGCACUUAUUGUAUACUUUCUCGUUCCCUUUGUAGUUGUACAAAUUCUUGCAUGGUGUACAUAUCUUAAUAUUUUUAUAUCAUAGACCCAGUAGGUAUACAAGUUAACUUUUUCCUUUUUCCGUUGUUUUAUUUUCCUUUCAUGUAGAAAAUGGUCGAUUAUAUUCUCCGGUUAGCAAUAAAUCGAAUAUUUAAUGUAGUGUA